GGCUCAGGCCGGGAUGGCAGCGUGAACCCCGGGGUGUUAGCUCUUCUGCGCCGCCAGGGACCCUCAGGCUCUCUGUUUCCGCUGAAAAUAAAGGAAAUAAAGCGAUGAAAAUGGACGUGAGCGCCGUUAUAGAGCAGAUGGAGACGGGCGAGCAGGACGCAGCGCUGGCCGCCUUACAGAGAUACAACAAAGAGAAGAGCCAGUGCUUCUCCUUCCCCUCAGAGGAGCAGGAGGAAAGAGAGCGUCUGGGGAAGCUGGUUUUGGGUUUUUUGGAGCGUGAUCUUCAGCCAUCCUGUAAGCUGGCCUGCCUGGAGACCAUCCGCAUUCUGUCUCGGGACAAAAGCAGCCUGACUCCGUUCACCAGCCGCCACGCCGUCCAGACGUUGGCCCGGCACGCAGCGGUCAGCCUGGGGCAGGGCAGCCGGACGCCAGAGAUGCCGGACAUAGAUGUGAUUGUGGAGGCUCUGAAGUGUCUGUGUAACCUGGUGUUUAACAGCAGCGAGGCACAGGAGGCGGCGGCGCAGCUGCAGCUGGUGUUCGGUGUGGCUGAGAGGCUAAAGCAGUGCCGCGAGCCACAGUGGAACCACGACGUUCGCUUUUUUGAUCUCCGCUUGACCUUCCUGCUGACAGCAAUUCGUGUGGACGUGCGCACGCAGCUGGCCCGCGAGCUCAGAGGCGCUGCCCUGCUGACCGAAGUGCUGGACGCCACACUGGGGCUCCGCUGGCUGGACACGUACGAGGUGGCGCGGGCCGGAGCGGAGGGGCAAAGUGAGGUCCCCCCGCUUGGCAGGAUGGAAACGGAGAGAGCCAUGGAGAUCCUGAAGAUCCUCUUCAACAUCACGUUCGACACCAACCGCCGCAAAGUGGACGAGGAGGAAGCAGCCACCUACAGACACCUGGGGGCCGUACUGAGACACUGCUUAAUGAGCACAGCGGAGGGAGAGGAGCGCACAGAGGAGUUCCACAGUCACACAGUGAACCUGUUGGGGAAUCUUCCUCUGCCGUGUUUGGACGUGUUGCUGAUGCCGAAAGUGCAGCAGGGCUCCAUUGAGUACAUGGGGGUCAACAUGGACGCCGUUAACAUGCUUCUGGACUUUAUGGAGAAGAGACUGGACAGGGGAAAUAAACUGAAGGAGACACUGCUGCCCUCCCUCAACCUGCUGACCGAGAGCGCCCGCAUCCACAGGGAGACCAGGAAGUUCUUACGGAUGAAAGUGCUCCCCCCACUGCGGGACGUGAGGAAUAAGCCUGAAGAGGGUAACGCUCUCCGGAACAAAUUGGUGCGUCUGAUGACCCACAUCGACACAGACGUGAAGACCUGUGCUGCGGAGUUCCUCUUUGUUCUGUGCAAAGAGAGCGUGUCACGAUUCAUUAAGUACACGGGUUAUGGAAACGCCGCCGGACUGCUGGCCGCUCGCGGGCUGAUGAGGGGCGGCGGGGAGCCAGGCCUUUACUCCGAGGAUGAGGACAGUGACACUGAGGAAUACAGAGAGGCCAAACCACAUAUUAACCCUGUAACAGGCCGCGUGGAGGAUGAGCAGCCGAAUCCCAUGGAAGGGAUGACAGAAGAGCAGAAGGAGUAUGAGGCUAUGAAGCUCGUCAACAUGUUUGACAAGCUCUCCAGGGAUCAUGUGAUCCAGCCCAUGAAGCUCGACGCGGACGGUAAGAUGACGAAACUGGAGCCGCACGAGCUGCACUGCCUGUCCCAGCAGCCCUUCAUCAACCCCCACCAGGACGAGGAAGAGGAGGAAGAAAACUCCGACUGAGCGUUCUACUGCGGGCUGAUGAUGUCAUCACGCAAUAAGGGGAGGAGGCCGAAUAGAUCCACAGCACACAUACAGCAGCUUUUUAAACAUAACUCCUUCAGUGACCAUCAUGCUCUCUGUCACACUGCACAUGCACAGUUUUCCUCAAACACGCACUUUCAUUCCUACGUUCUACGUUGUGUUCAAGUGUUCUGUCGUUCUGUUCGGCCAUUCUGCUUAAAAUUUGGGUUCUGUUCAGUCGUUCUGUUCAGGUGUUCUAUUUAGCUGUUCGGUUCAGCUGUUCAGUUGUUCUGUUCAGCCAUUCUGUUUAACUGUUCUGUUCAGCUGUUCGGCUGUUCGGCUGUUCUUGUCAACUGUUCUGUUCAGCUGUUCGGCUAUUCUGGUCAGCUGUUCUGUUCAGCUGUUCGGCUGUUCUGUUCAGUCAUUUUUGUAACUGUUCUGUUCAGCUGUUCAUUUCAGCCAUUCUGUUCAGUUGUCCUGUUCAGCCAUACUGUUUAACUGUUCUGUCUGACUGUUCUGUUCAGCUGUUUGGCUGUUCUGUUCAGCUCUUCUGUUUAGCUGUUCAGUUGUUUUGUUCAGUUGUUCAGCUGUUCUGUUUAACUGUUCUGUCUGGCUGUUCUGUUUAACUGUUCUGUCUGGCUGUUCUGUUCGGCUGUUCUGUUCAGGGUGUAAUAUUUCCUGGCGCUGCUGGCUCGUUCAGGUUUGGUCUCUGUAAAGUUGUUU